GCGGACACUCAAAAGCGGCAGGUGCCCGCUCACGAGAAGGUGGAGGUUGUGUCCUUCCUGGUGGACCAGGGAACCAUCGGCGAGUGGGCGCUCGAGGGUCUGCCAAGUGAUGAGCUUUCUAUCCAGAAUGCCAUCAUGGUCACCCGCUCCUCACGCUAUGCGCUCAUGGUUGAUCCACAAGGACAAGCCAAUCGCUGGAUCAAGUCCAGAGAGAAGGCGCGCAUCAGCGAGAACCCGACAAUGUGCAUCACCACCCUGGCCGCCAAGAACUUGAAGGACCAGAUCGAGUUUACCAUGGGCGAGGGUCUGUGCCUGAUCAUUGAGAAUGUUGAGAACGAGGUCGACCCCAUGCUUGAUCCAGUCUUGGACAAGCAGAUCAUCAAGAAGGGCAAGAACCUCUACAUCAACGUCAGUGAUCAGAACAUGGACUACAAGGAAAACUUCACGCUCUACUUCACCUCUCGUCUGCCGAAUCCGCACUUCUCGCCAGAGCUGUCCGCCAAAGCCACAGUCAUCGACUUCACGGUGACCUUGAAGGGCCUGGAGCAGCAGCUGUUGGGAAAGCUGAUCGGCAUGGAGAUGAAGAGUCUCGAAGAUACUUUGGCAGCCUUGGAAGAGGAU